CCUAAAAUAAGGUCCUGACUCCCGUCCAGUCCGCUUACACGUGUGGUUCAGUCGUCAACAUGGCCGAUUUUCAGAUGAAAAUUCUCCGUAAGAGAAUACAGAAAAGAAAUGAAAAAAACAAAGAGCGCAAGCUACUCAAGAAGUGCGCCGAGGAGGAGGAGUCUGUGAAGUCCGAGGGAGUGGAUGAGAAAUCCACUCAAGAAGCGUGCAAGACCAAAGCUAAACUCAUCCAAGAACAGCAGAAGCAGGACGAUGAGCCAGCUGACAUUGAAACUAGUGCACAAAGAAGCGCUGGAAAGCAGAAGAAAAAGAAACGAAAACCGCCUCUCACGCUUGAAUCACCAGCUGAGAAAAAGCCCAAAACUGUGCACGAAGUUAAUGGUGAAAAAGAUGGCUGUGAGAUGGAGGAAGAGGAGGAACCCGUCCAACCACAUGAGCAGGAGGAGGAGGAUGGUGAGAAAGAAGAUGUUCCCGAAUUACCAUUUGGCUUGACAGGAGCGUUUGAGGACACGUCUUUUGCUUCUCUCGCUGAACUGGUGAGUGAAAACACGCUGAAAGGAGUGAAGGAGAUGGGCUUCGAACACAUGACGGACAUCCAGCACAAAAGCAUUCGUCCUCUGCUGGAUGGAAGAGAUGUGCUGGCUGCUGCCAAGACAGGGAGUGGUAAAACCCUGGCCUUCCUAAUCCCAUCCAUAGAGCUCCUCUACAAACUUAAAUUCAUGCCCAGAAAUGGGACCGGUGUAGUGAUUCUUUCUCCGACGCGCGAGUUGGCAAUGCAGACGUAUGGUGUGAUCAAAGAACUGAUGACCCACCACGUGCAUACCUAUGGCCUGAUUAUGGGAGGCAGCAAUCGAUCAGCAGAGGCCCAGAAGCUGGCCAACGGCAUCAACAUCUUGGUGGCAACACCAGGCCGGCUUCUGGAUCACCUCCAGAACACACCCGGCUUCAUGUACAAGAACUUGCAGUGUUUGAUUAUUGAUGAAGCUGAUCGUAUCUUGGAGGUGGGCUUCGAGGAAGAACUGAAGCAGAUCAUAAAGCUUCUGCCUAAGAAAAGACAGACCAUGCUGUUUUCAGCGACACAGACGCGCAAGGUGGAGGACUUGGCUCGUAUUUCUCUGAAGAAAGAGCCGCUCUAUGUUGGGGUGGAUGACAACAAGGACAAUGCCACUGUCGAUGGUUUAGAGCAGGGCUAUGUCGUAUGUCCAUCGGAGAAGCGCUUCUUGUUGCUUUUCACCUUCCUGAAGAAGAACCGCAAGAAGAAGCUCAUGGUCUUCUUCUCUUCCUGCAUGUCUGUCAAAUUCCACUAUGAGCUCCUCAACUAUAUCGACCUCCCCGUCAUGGCCAUUCAUGGCAAGCAAAAGCAGACCAAACGCACCACCACCUUCUUCCAAUUCUGCAAUGCAGACUCUGGCAUUUUGCUCUGCACUGACGUAGCGGCUCGAGGCCUGGAUAUCCCGGAGGUGGAUUGGAUCGUCCAAUAUGACCCGCCAGAUGACCCCAAGGAAUACAUCCACAGAGUGGGCAGAACAGCCCGAGGCAUCAACGGCAUAGGCCACGCGCUACUAAUUCUGCGACCGGAGGAGCUUGGAUUCCUGCGCUUCCUCAAGCAGGCCAAGGUCCCCUUGAGUGAGUUUGAAUUUUCCUGGAGUAAAAUCUCCGAUAUCCAGUCCCAGUUGGAGAAACUGAUUGAGAAGAACUACUACCUCCACAAGUCAGCCCAAGAGGCCUACAAGUCGUAUGUGAGGGCUUACGACUCGCACUCGCUCAAGCAGAUCUACAGCGUCAACACACUCAACCUCCCCAUGGUGGCGAUGUCGUUUGGAUUCAAAGUCCCGCCCUACGUUGAUCUCAACGUCCAUGGCAGCAAAGGUGCAAAGCUGCAAAAGCGAGGUGGCGGUGGUGGCUUUGGUUACCAGAAAUCCAACAAUGUGCACAAGGCCAAAAUCUUCAGGCAUGUCAACAAAGGACGGAAUGACGCAAGGCAGUUCUCUCGUUAAUUGGGUUAUCAGAAUGCCCGGACUGGUCCCUUGACAGAGUAUCAGAAAAAAUAGCUCUCAAGGUUCUUUUUCCUUCCUAAUUUGUAGGAAUUGUAUUUUGUGGCUAUUUCCUGGAUGUUUUAUAGAUAGAUAUAUACACACACACCAUGUUUGCUUGACUAAUUAUAUUUGUCCACAAAACUUUAGUGCAAACAUGUUGGAUUUAAAUACAACUCACGUGACCUUGCAUAGUGAAUGACUUUGUUUUACUUAUUUGAGAUCAUGUGGAAGCCCCGAGUUAAAGAAUAAAAAAACAUUUAAUACAGUAAUUUGUAAUUCAUUCCAUCUGAUGAAAAAAAGGUGCUUGUCAAUCAAUUGCACAGGGAAACUGAAAAGUUGCAGAUAUGCUGCAUACAAAUGCCACUGUACUAUUUUCUAUUUGUUACACUCAACAUUCCUGAUUCAAUUUUAAACAAACUUGGAAUAUCUACCAUAGCCCAUCAAUCCUCCAAAUGUGCCCCGCCCUCCAACCCUGUCAUAACCAUGCCUAGAAAAUACUUUAUGUAUUAUUCGAAGUGGUCUCUUAUUCCAAAUAAAAGAGAAACCUUCUCAUUGCUCCACA